AUGGAAGUCGUUAGCGCAUUCUCUGCCAUUCUAACCAUCGCAACGGAGUUCAAUCACAUUUACAAAAGGCUUCACCGCUGCUUGAGAACCCUCAAAUACGCCCGGGAGGACAUCAAGGCCAUCCGCGACGAAGUGGAAAUAUUUAGCAACCUUCUAUGCAUGUUUCACAGGACUAUCACGGAUGCCCGUUUGGCGGACGAAGGGCUGUCCGCAGAGAUCAAAGCAUCCAAAAUGGCGCAAGGCAUUGUCAGAUCAGGCAAAGCAGCUUUAAUAAAGAUUGAAGACAUUUUGGACGAAGUCGAGCCGCUGAGAGCCGACAAGGCCUACCCCACUCUUGCGCAAUGGAUUGCUCGCUGGAAAUGGUCCACGCGGAAGGAGGAAUGGACACUUGUUCAAAUUUCACUCAAUUCUAUCAAGCAAAGCGCCAAUCUACUCAUAUCGAUGGUAUAUUUCCAGGACCUUGUUCACAAGCUCGACAAGCUGCGAGCAGGGGAGAGAACGAUACCGAACGAGAUGCUUCAACAAUUGUCAGUCGUCCAAUUUCAUCGAGUCUUGUCCAAACUGUGGAUACUGAUUGCCACGUAA